UAUUAAUAUCUCAUCGCACAAGAAAAAAAAAACUUUUAGGCUUAGCUCUCUCUCUGUGGCGGCUCCGUUUCUUCUUCUUCCACGGGACUCUCUGAUCGGCGAUUUGAUCUCUCUCUAGGGUUUCGAUCUGAACCCUCCCGAUCUACUAGAAGGAAGAGAUUAGAAUAAUGUCUGCGACGGCGACCCAACCUCAACAACAUGAGCAGAAGAAGAAGCAAUCGGAAUCUGCUGGAGAAGAAGCCCUGAAGAAGAACACCGAUUGCGUUUACUUUCUCGCGUCUCCUUCUACCUGCAAGAAGGGAGCUGAGUGUGAGUAUCGUCACAGUGAGUAUGCGCGUGUGAACCCAAGGGAUUGCUAUUAUUGGUUGAGUGGCAACUGCUUGAAUCCCAAAUGUGGCUUUCGCCAUCCUGCUUUGGGAAAUCUAGGAGGUCUUCCUGCUGGUUCUGUACCGCCAUCUCAAGCAGCUGCUCAUCCCGGGAUCGUGAAACAGCCGUUUCCGUGUGUUUUCUUUCAGAAGGGCAUGUGUGCGAAAGGGGAUAUGUGUUCGUACAUGCACACCCCGAGUGCUGCUGGUUAUAAGAAGCAGCUUCCUGUAGAAGCUAAGCCUGCUGCUACUGCUGCUGCUGUUGAUGCUAGUCUCCCAAAGGCAGUCAAAGCCCAUGUUGACAUGUCGGUUGCGCCCAGAGUCACACCUGCUCUAAGAGAUGGCAGAGGUGCAGAGGGGUAUAUUCCGAAGCAUGUGGGAUAUGAGCCUGUUGUGCAGAAAAUGGACGUGGGUGUUCCUUCUCUAACUGAGGGAAACCAUCACAAAUAUGGAUCUGAUGAUAGUAACAGUUUCCACAAUGGUAAGGACGCAGAUGACGUCUUGAGAGAGUCGUCUCCUGGGUUUGAUGUUUUUGUGGAUAACGAGGCUAGGGAUUCUGAGUAUUAUCAUGUUGGCGAUGGAUAUGGACGGAGGAGCCAGGAGGGACGGAACUCUUUGAAUGAGUAUGACCCUGAUUUUAGUGCAAUUGCUGAUGGUAAUAGGGAAGCGUUUCGUGAUCAACGUUUUGAUUCAUAUGAGCGGAGGGAAGACAGGCGCGCAUGGGGACACCGUCGAGGUUCUUCUGAGAGAGGAGAUCGUUUGGAAAGGAGGGGGGUUUACGGGGAAAAUGAAGGAUCAGAGAACAUACUUACAUCGGAUCUUAGAUAUCGCUUGGCUAAGCAGAGGAAAGUUAACGAUUAUGCUGCUCCCGAGUCUUCAAUGGAAAGAGGGUAUAGAGACUCUCGUAGGAAUACACCGAGGGAAAGCUCCAUUAGCAGGAGCCGUCUUCAGGGUAGAAUUAAGCUUCGUGAGAGAAGCAAUGACGACGAGGCUCACUUUGAUAGGAGGGUUGAGAGAGGAAGGGACAGAAGCGACUUAUCUCAAAAUAGACUCAGAGAUAGAAUUAAUGGUAGGUCAGAGGAAAACCACAGUGGUAAUCAGGAAAGAGAUCUCCGAGCUCCAUGGGUGAGAAGGAGAGAAAUGGAAGAGGGCUUUUCAGUUUCUAAAAGCAGCAAAAGAGAGGAAAGUAAGACAGAGACAUCUCUUGGGAAGAGAAAAAGCCAGGAGGAGGAUCACCAUCCUUCUAAGCGAUCAGGAGAUUCAUUUGCAGCUCCAUUGCCUUUCAGUGAGAUUCUCAAGAGGAAAAGAGCGGCUGCAUCUGGUGGUAGCAUCACGAACAAGGACCAGACUCCUGAAGAAACGAUAUCAAAAGAAGAAGCUGGAGAUGAGACCAAACUCAGUACAGAAGAGAAAACUGAGGUUGUGUCUGAACCCAAUCCAACCCACGAAGCUGGACUAGAAGAAGGAACGAUUAUGGAGGAAGGAGAAGAAGUGAAUGGGGAAGAGGAGGAGCAAGUGUAUGAAGAGGAGCAAGUUUAUGAAGGCGAUGAGCUAAACGGAGAGUACUAUUACGAAGAAGAUGGAGAAUACGCCUAUGAAGAAGGCGAAGAAGUUGCUUACGCGGCUGAGGAAGGAGAAGAAGCAACAGAAGGAGUUGAAGCGGAGGGUGAAGAAGACUGCUGGGAUGUUGUCGUAGAAAAAGAAGCUUUUGAAGGAGGAAAUGAUGAAUGAUUCCGACAAAAAAAGCUUUGCUUCUUCGGGCUUCUGCUACAAAUCUUGAGCAAAUAGUGCUAUGUCGCUUUUAUCUUCUUUGGCUUGACAGUGAGUUUUAAGUCGCCAUGUUUUUCCGUUAUGAUUUCUUAAAUUGUAACAGUAGAAGAAAAGAAAAGAACAAAUAGUAUAAGUACAAUCCACAAAUUCUAAAUUUUUUGUUUCCUUU